UAAUACAGCGUGUAGAAUUAUUCUGAGUGUGUGGCUUCGAAGGUUGUGUUCACACGACGACUACUUUUUUCUCCUAUAUUUACGACUCAAUAUUGUACCUGAAGUUUCUCUUGUAAAUUGUGGAUAUUUGUAACCUAGUUCAAUCUGAGUCGCCUAAUCAAAUUUGGUUUAUAAUCUUCUGGAUUUUGGCGGCAUCUGCCGACCUCAUGGCUUUGGUAACAGCGAUGGUUAAUUGAGUGCUUUUCUUACGGAUUUGACCUUUUCCAAACCGAGGAGGGAUUUUAGCUGAAGUGAACUCAGUCUUUGCAACGAGCAGAAGUCAGACCCAACAAUCAAGUUUAUACUAAUACAAAGCGUGGACGCCCUGGAGAUAGGCGGCGGCUACAACCAUGUACCCCAACCGUCAUCCAGGACCACACCAGCCUGGCCAGCCUAUUAAAUUCACAGUGUCCGAAUCAUGUGAUCGCAUCAAAGAAGAAUUCAGCUUUCUCCAGGCCCAGUAUCACAAUUUGAAAAUGGAGUGUGAAAAACUGGCACAGGAGAAAACUGAAAUGCAGAGACAUUAUGUCAUGUAUUAUGAAAUGUCUUAUGGAUUAAAUGUUGAAAUGCAUAAGCAGACUGAAAUUGCAAAAAGAUUAAAUGCCAUUUGUGCUCAAGUGAUCCCAUUUCUUUCACAAGAGCAUCAACAGCAGGUGGCAGCAGCAGUAGAGCGAGCCAAACAGGUCACCAUGCAGGAAUUAAACGCUGUCAUAGGGCAGCAAAUGCAGGCUCAGCAUCUUCCACACGCCCAUGCCCCUCCCAUUCCUAUGACACCUCAUCCAUCUGGUCUACCUCCUCCAGGUGGAUUAUCUUCAGUUCCGGGCGGAUCAGGAUUAUUGUCAUUGCCUCAUGGUACCUUUCCCACUCAUCCACACAGUCUCAGUGCGCUGAAAGAUGAAAAAUUUGAUGACAAGCAUAGAAGAUCAGCAUCUCCAGCAGAAAGAGAAAAAUUCCGUCCACGAAGCCGAUCACCUGAUGUACGUAGUAGUGGUGAACCACCCAAAAAACGCAGACAGGAAGAAAAAGUUGUGGACAGUGAUGGUGAAAAAAGUGAUCAAGAAUUAGUUGUGGAUGUUGGUGAUGAUAAUACAUCACCAAUGAAUGGUCACAGUGAACUUUCACCACGACCAAAAGAUAAAGAUCCAGCAGCUUUAGCAAGACAUAAAAAAGAAACAAUGAAUGACAGAAGUAGUCCACGUAGUGAUGCAUCAUCACAUGCCAGCUCUAGUUCAUCUAAAGUUAAGGAGAAUGAUAAAGCAGCAACACCUGUAUCUAAACCUAAUACACCAACAAGUACUGGUAGUACAACACCUGGUCCAGGACCAUCAGCACCACCAAAAGUUUAUCCAUUUAUGCCCCAUCCAACUCAUGGUGCUGGAGGGGGCUUACCAUCAGAACUAAGUCCCAAUGGUUAUCCUCCAAAUGGUGUCAUGCAUAAUGGUAUUGGUGCCAGCCCUUUAAAUAAUUUUGGCCAACGUCACCCUGGCAUGGUGAGUGAGCAACAAAGUAAUUACGAUGCUCCCCAUGAUCACAUGAGACCAGCAUUAGGCAACAUUCCAGGAGGAAAACCGGCUUAUUCUUUUCACGUGAGUGGGGAUGGUCAGAUGCAGCCUGUGCCGUUCCCACCAGACGCUCUAAUUGGUCCAGGAAUUCCUCGUCAUGCUCGUCAGAUUAAUACUUUAAAUCAUGGAGAAGUUGUUUGUGCGGUGACCAUCAGUAAUCCUACAAGACAUGUCUAUACAGGAGGAAAGGGUUGUGUAAAAGUAUGGGAUAUCAGUCAGCCUGGUAAUAAAAGUCCAGUUUCACAACUCGAUUGUUUGCAACGAGAUAACUACAUCCGUUCUAUAAAAUUAUUACAAGAUGGCAGAACUUUAAUUGUUGGUGGAGAAGCGAGUACAUUAUCUAUAUGGGAUUUAGCAGCUCCCACACCCCGAAUCAAGGCUGAAUUAACAUCGAGUGCUCCAGCAUGUUAUGCCCUGGCUUUAAGUCCUGACAAUAAAGUAUGUUUUAGUUGUUGUAGUGAUGGUAAUAUAGCUGUAUGGGAUCUUCAUAAUCAGACAUUAGUCAGACAAUUUCAAGGUCAUACAGAUGGGGCUAGCUGUAUUGAUAUUUCUCCAGAUGGAACCAAAUUAUGGACAGGUGGUUUAGAUAAUACUGUUAGAUCCUGGGAUCUAAGAGAGGGGAGACAACUCCAACAACAUGAUUUUACAUCUCAGAUCUUCUCAUUAGGAUAUUGUCCAACUGGGGAUUGGUUAGCUGUGGGAAUGGAGAGCAGUAAUGUGGAAGUUUUACAUCAUGCCAAACCUGAUAAAUAUCAACUACAUCUACAUGAAAGUUGUGUUCUUUCUCUUAAAUUUGCAUAUUGUGGUAAAUGGUUCGUGAGUACAGGAAAAGAUAAUUUACUGAAUGCCUGGAGGACACCUUAUGGUGCCAGUAUCUUUCAGUCUAAAGAAUCAUCUUCUGUGUUGAGUUGCGAUAUAUCUGGUGAUGAUAAAUAUAUUGUUACGGGAUCAGGAGAUAAAAAAGCCACAUUAUACGAAGUUAUAUUCUGAUCAACAUAAUGUGAACAAUAAAAUGGUGGUGGUUCAUAGUCAUCCCAAUCACAGUAUUAAUACUUGAUAAACACAUAUUGAACAGAUGUGAGGAAGAUGUAUAUAUACACAUGUAAGUUGUGCGAAAUGCUGUACAGCGAACAGCUCUAUAUAUAUAUAUAUAUAUAUGUGUGUGAAUUACAUAAAUCUUGGAUAUAGAAACAAUCUCUUGUGAAUUUGAUACAGGAGAAUGAAAGAGGAAUGUACAGUGUGGUACAAUUUCAGUGCUUGCCAAUCAAUUUUAAGGAAAGUGUAAUUGGCUUUGGAGAACAAGGAAGGAAAGUGUUCAUAUUAACGUGUUCAAAAAUGACUCAAUAAGUGAGCUUUUAAUGGAUAUAUUGCAUUGAGUUACUCCAGUUAUGUGACUGAGAUAAAAAAAAAAAAUAAAACUUGUGGUGUUUAAAUUUAAAACUUUUUAAAAUGAAAGAUCCUCAGCACUCAUUUAGUCAGACUUAAUGUCUGAAUAAAAAGCUUGAAAACACUUUCUUCAUAUAGUAUGUAUGUGUGAACAAGUUCAAAACAAUUGACUUCAUCAUAGGAACUACCUUUGUACUUAGUGCAUAAAUGAUUUUACUGUUCAUUCCCUCAUAAAAGCUUUCUUAAUACUUUCAAUUCUUGAGUAAAGAGGAUGUAUGUUUUGUCAUUAAAAACAAUUUUUGACAUGUGUAGAAAGUUUUCUUCUGUUAAUAUUUUGAAAUGUAUAUUAUGAUUUCAAUAUGUGGUGCAGUUUAUUGUUAUUCAGGAUUUUACACAUUAUGUGCAUUUCUCUAUAAACUGAAUAUUUUAAUUUCAGAUAAAUACAUGGCUGUACUGUUUAUAAUGUAGUACAUACAUGUAGAAGUUGUUUCUAUGGUGAUUGUUUCUAAUAGUUCCUGUGAUUUGUUUCUAUGGAAACAGUUACUAAGGUGAUUGUUGCUAAUACUUCCAUGGAUUUGUUUCUAUGGAAACAAAUACUUAGGGAUAUGUAAAAAAAUCUCUAUUAGGGCAUUCAAAAUGGAAAUGCUAUUCUGUCUUGACUCAAUUGUUUUGUCUGUGAAAUUGCUGUGUUCCUGUGUUUAAAAGUGUAAGAAUGUACAAUUUAACCAUGUUGUUAUGUGUAAAUGAUAUAUAUAUAUUUGUAUACAUUGUUAUGGACUAUAUGUAAGAAAGUUACAUGUAGCAGAUAUGCAUGGUAUAACUGUUGAAUAGAAUUAUUAUUAUUAUAAUAUAUCUUAUAAAAUCUGAAAAAAUACAUUUCAAGAAAAGAGCCCAUGUAUAUGCUUGAGUCUAAGUCGACUCGGAAAAUCAUAAUUAAUUCCAUAGUGAUCGCUUGGUAUUGAUGUAACAAUUAUGUUUUUGUGCCACAACUGACAUAGGAUUACUCUUUCACUUAAUCAUGUUUACACAUAACUGUCAUUAUGUUGUGGCAUAGGCAUACAUUGAGCAAAAGCAGGUUCAGCAAUUUUUAGAAUAUUUAAUUCAGCUCAACUGUUGAUGAGCUUUUAUUUAAUAAGAUUAAAAAAAAAAGACCAGCCAAAAGCGGCUUAAGUGUAUUUAAUGUUAAAAUCCUGUCUUUUAGAUAGUUCAUUAUUAUUGUACAGUAUAAAGUAUGAAAACGUUUUCAAGUUAAACUCAAUUGGUGCUUUUGAAUAAACUGUCUAUAUAUAACAUAGAA